AUGAGUGGGCCUGAUGCUAAAUAUUGGCUGCAAGAUCACAGGAUCCCGCAAUUGUUUGAAGUGAGUUCACAUUCAAAAAGAAUGAUAAUUUAUGAAAAAAAUUUAUUUUUAACAAUUCCCACAAUGAUUUUGAAGGUUUUAAAUUAGAGUCCAUAUUGAAUCACUCUUCUGAAAUGUCAUCAAAAGAGAGUUCUUCUCUGAAAGUUAAAAAAAAUUUGUUUCUUAUUCAUUUGAAUGAAAUUAUGAAAGAAACUGCAAGGUUUUCAAUAAAAAAAAACAAAAUCUGAGAGAAAAAACCAGAGUUCAAUAAAAUUUUUAAUUUUUUAGAAGCUUAAAAUUAGGUUUUUUUUUCAUAAUUAAGUUGAUAGAAUUUCGUGACUUCUAUUUUUAUGUAUUAUUUGGUAACUGUACUGACCUCCCUCAGCCACCUUUAAAAAUUUCAAUUAGAAAAUUAAAGACAUUAUAUGGUUUCUUGAAAAUGUCUAAUGCACACAGACAAAUGAGAAAUUGUAGUUUGAUUUGUGCUCUACGUGAUAUUCUAAAUUGAAUCCUUAUUUCUCUCUUCAAAAAAAUCUUGGCUAUAGCAAAUUGACAUUAAUAAAUUUUUCCUACGAAAAAAGAAAAGUGCAAAGGUUAUAGUUCAAUGAAAAUAGAGUGCUUCCGCUUCAUAACGAAAAUAGAAUAUUUUGCGUGUUUAAAUCAAAUUAUAUUGUAUAUUCAUUGCAGGGUCUCAUGACAGGAUUGAUCUAUAUUCGACCAGAAGAUCCGUUAGAUUUUAUGGAAGCUGCUUUGAAAAAAGUUCGAGCAAAACCUGAUAUGAUUAUGUCAUGGGAUAUGUUUAUCAAUGAUUCAACAGGUUUGUUUUUUUUUAAAUAUUUAUUAUGAAUGAAUCAACAAAAUCUUUUGAAUUGUCCAAGAAGAAUAAGUGAAAACAAAUUUGAAUAGCGUCAAAAAUAGCAAUAAAAAAGGAAAAAAAAGAAUAAGAAUAAAAAAAGGUGAGCAGUGAGGUGAGCAAUUAUUAUGUCGAUAUAGGUUUUUGGAGAGGCAUAGUUUUUUAUGCUCACCGAUUUUCUUGUUCUAGUCUUUAUUCUUUUUUUCUGUCUGUUCAUACUUUCAAACAUUAUAUUAUGUAUUUUAUAUUUAUGUUUGUACUAUUUCUUGUUCAUUUUCAGCCGCUCGGGUAGCUCGUGAUUAUCCAAAUAGAUCGUUACUUCAAUCAACUUCUUCAUCAUCUGGCAAACUUGCGAAAGCAAGGAUAACAACAAAUGCAAUCGAUGAAUCAAUGUGAUUUUGAUUCAAAAAAUCUAUCUAAAUAGAAUUUUUUCAGAGAAAAUUCGAUUGACGAAGGAGAUCUAACUCGUGAACCUUCUCGUUCAAAUACUGUUGAACAUCGAAGUCCAGAACCCCGAUUACCAUCAGUUGAAUCACAAUCUCAAGAAGAAAUGGUUGCUCAAAGAGUCGCCUCGGUUACCCGAGCUGCUGAAGUUGCAAAAAUUCCAGAUGUUCCUGUGAUUUUAUUCAUGGGUGGUCCGGGUGGCGGAAAAACUAGACAUGCGGCAAGAGUGGCGGAUUCAUUGGUAGACAACGGUUUAGUACAUAUUUGUAUGCCGGAUAUUAUUCGAUCAGCUUUGGCAAAAUAUAAGGAUAAAUAUCCGGAAUGGAAAGAGGCCAAUGAGCAUUAUGUUAGAGGUAUUUGAAUUGGAUUGAAAUGAAUGGGGAAGAAAUGUUGAAUAGGGAUUAGACGUCAAUGAUUUUCUGACGUCUGUGGAUUUUUUGAUUUUGUUGAAAAUAUUUAAAACGCAAUUGUAAUAGGGAAAAUCAAAAAAUCAUCUCUAUUGUGAAGUUUCAGAUUUACGAAACCUGUCAAAUUUUAGGAAAAACAUCCAUAGAUAAGGAUGUUUUUCGAGAAAUCCAUCUGCUUCUAAUGAUUCAUUAAGUGUCUGAAAUUCGAAGAUCAGAACACGAUAAUACGAAGAUCAAAAAUUCAUCUUUCGAAAAUACUCCGGAUAUCCGGAAAACAUAAUUUCUGGGCCAAUGCUCGACGAAACUUCAAAACUUCAAAAAUCAACACAAAUAAUAAUUUUCAGGAGAGCUGAUACCAAACCAACUUGCAUUAAUGCUCCUAAAGGUAAUCCUUAAACAAGAAAUUUUUCAUUCUUAACUAUGUUUUUUAAAAAAAUUCAGGCUGAAAUGGGAAGACAUCCAUCUGCUUUGGGUUUCUUCCUUGAAGGUUAUCCCAGAGAAGCUCGACAAGUUGAAGAUUUUGAAAGACAAGUAAAAUCAGUAAACAUGGCUUUAAUUCUUGAUUAUGAUGAAAGAACCUUGAGAGAUCAUAUGGAAAGAAGAGGUUUAGGAAUGGAGAUUAUUGAUCAGAAAAUCAAAGAAUUCAAACAAAAAACUUUGCCAUCUGCAAAAUAUUUCGAUGAUCAAAAAUUAUUGCAUUUGGUUGGUUUUGUUGUCUGGAAAUCAAAAUAAUAAGAAAACUUGUUUAGAUUCCUGGAGAAAAAGAUGAUAAUACAAUUUAUGAGAAAAUGAAAGGUUUGGUAAUCAAGGCAUUAGAAACUGGUGUUCCAGUAUUGAAUAGCACACCAUCUAGUAGUCAAGCAACCCAGCCACAGAAACCUAGAACACCUUCUCCAACACCAAUUGAUUCUGAAGUGAAAAAUAAUGCCAUUGAAACAAAUGUGGCGCACAUUGAAAAUAUUGAAUCAAAUCAACAAUCUUCAACAAUUCGUUCACCCAAAGGAAAACCACCCUCUCCCCCUUCACCACCAAAAACCGAAGAAUCUGUGAGAGAUGAGAUUCCACCAACACCCUCAAUUCAAACACCAGAUGAAAGUCGAAUAAAUACGACUGCUACUACACAAAAUGGUAAGUUUUAUUGAAAAUUAUUGCAGAGAUUUUUGAAAAAUGAUAUACAUAGAACCAGCUCGAUUGCAAAGUCCUCCCCAAUUACAAACUCAAAUAAUUGUACCACAAUUGAACUUACCAAGAGAAAAUGGUGAAUGUUUUGAAAUGUAGUGAAUGUGUUUUUUAUUUUUUUUGUCAUGCUUUUUAUGUUCGUUUGGGAUUCUAGGAGUCACUGGAUUUUAAAAAAAUUAUUAUUUCAAAAGGAAUUUAUAUCUUUUUCACCCAGUGACUCCAAAAAUUCCCUAUCGUUUCUCUCCGAAAAAUUCUCAAUUUCUAGGAACUGCCGAUUCUGCAGCUGUAGAAACCCCAUCGACACCAGUAGUCGCGGCGAGCACAACAGUUGGCUCAUCGGAGCCAAUAAAUCUAACAAAUAAUGCGCCAGUUAUACUUGUUCUUGGUGCACCUGGAUCGCAGAAAAAUGAUAUUGGACGACGAAUUGCUCAAAAAUAUGAUGGUUUCACAUUGCUUUCAAUGGGUGAUAUUUUGAGGAAAAAAGUGGCGAGCGAGAAAAAUGAUCAACUUUGGGAGAAAGUUGGCACAAAAAUGGAUAAUGGAGAAAGUAUUGCAACUGUAAGUUGUAAGAAAUUGGGUAAAAUGUCUAAAUUUGAUAAUUUUUAAGAAAGUUUGUCGAUCUGUGUUAUUCGAGGAGCUCGAAUCUCGAGGGAAUUCUUGGGGAUAUGUGAUUGAGGGCUAUCCAAAAACUCCAGAUCAACUAACUGAUGUAGAAAUGACACUUCAAAGAAUAGAUCUUGCACUUCUGAUUGAUUGUACUGAACAGUUUUGUUUGAGUGUGAUUGAGCAGAGAAAUCCAGAUAAUAGACGACCAGGUAGGUCAAAAAGCCCUAAAACUCAAGAUCUUAUGAAUUUCCUGUUUUUUUUAUUUGAAAAUAAUUCACUUUCCCAUUUCUCAAGUUGAGAAUGAAUCAAAAUCAUUCAAAUUCCAGAUGAUACAACUGAACAUGUGAAAUCACGAAUGGAAUUUUUCAAAAAGAAUACACUUCCUAUGCUGAAAUCUCUUGAUGAACGCGGAAAACUUCGAGUGGUGAGAGUUGCGCAUGAUACGGUAUGCUUUGUUGUCAUUCUAUCUGUGAUUUCAUUCUUUGAUUCAAUAUUUUUGAAAAUUUUCUAGGUUUUUCUAGUAGAAGUUUUUCAAAAUUCAACCAUUAGAUCGACUAUAUCGAAAAAAAAUUCCUCAUGUUCAUUUUGGAAACUGUUUCCUUCAGAUUUCAAAACUCUAGUUGAUAGCCUCUUCAAAUUGAUUGUAUUUAUUCCAACUUUUAGCAUGAUUUUUCAUUGUGAAUCUGUGAUUUUACUUCUUUUUUUAAACCAUUUUUCAAAUCACUUUUCAAAAUUACGCACGAUGUUUUGUUGUUCUUCACACUUCUGCUCUUAAAACCAAAAAAAACCCUGAAAUUUUUCUUCAAUUUCUAUAUUCCCAGGUUGAUGGAGAUUCCGAUCCGGAUACAGUUUUCAAGGAAGUCACACAAGUAAUCGAUACUGUUUUGUAUAUUGAAGGUAUUUUUUGAUUUUAAAAGUAGCAAUCAUAUCGAUAAGUUUUUUUGUAGAUGAUGGAGAAGGUGCAAGUCUUGGAGAGUCGAAAAAAGGAGCAUUAGAAUCGUCAACAAAUUCAUCAUCAGUAAAUUAA